GACGGCGUCCUGGCAACCGCGCCCGCUACCGCAGCCGGGCCUGCGGCCGCCCCGCUCCGGCGCAGCGCCUGCCACGCCGCGGACGGACGGACGGACUGACGCCCCGGCUGCGCAGGGGCAGCCACGACGCUUCGCAAACGGCCGCUGGAGCGGUGGCAGCGCGCUCAAGAGCGGGGCCCGGGCGGCCGCGGGGAUGCAGGGGAGCGAUGGGCAGCCCUGCCCUGCCCUGAGCCAGCACUGAUCAGCCUUCAGUUUUUAGACUCCUUCAGAUCCUUCAGAUUUUAGGUUCCCAAGGAAUUCAGGCUCAGGAUAUGCUCAUUCAUGCCAUCUCUAUCAUGAAAAAUGUUUUAUAUAGAGUGGAAUAGCUGGAUUUGAUCGAGGCUACCAUCUUCUUCAUAAAUUUAACUUCUGUCAGAGGACAAAGCUACUGAGCCAGACAAGUUAUUGACCAGAAAAUGGCCCAGCGAAGCCCAAUCUUCCCAACUCUUGCCCCUUCUGAAAGACGGGUUCGAAACAUCCCGCUGCACAGCCAGGCGUUGACAGCGGUCCCGCUGGCAUCUGCAAGCCUGGUGGAUCAGCUGGAAGACAGAAUCCUAAGCCAUGAAAAAACAACGGCGGCUCUUGUGGAACACGCUUUUCGCAUUAAGGAGGACAUUGUUUCCACUCUGCACAGAAUGCAGAACAAAGGGGGGGGCGACCGGUUGGCUAGGCAACUCUUGGAAGAACACAUCCGAAACAUAACGGCGAUCGUGAGGCAGCUUAAUCGGGACAUCGAGAUGCUGCAGGAACAGAUCCGUGUCAGAGACAAUCUCAGCUACGGAACAAAUUCUACUCUCAAGAGUCUGGAAAUGCGGCAGCUUUCUGGCUUAGGGGAUCUUCGGGGAAGAGUUGCAAGAUGUGAUGCUGGGUUAGCCAGACUGUCUGCAGAGCAUAAAAUUACAUAUGAAAGACUUCAGAGCCUAAGUAAAGAUCAACACACCUCCAAACUGAUCUUAGAAUCUAAAAUCAAAGAGGCAGAAAUACAGAUUUCUCAUCUUCUGAGCAGAGUAGAGCAAUCAAUAAUGCAACAAGAAGCAAAGCUGAAGAUUGCCUACAAAGAGAGCAACCAACAGCUCCAUCUUCUGGAUAUGAAAUUAAAAAAUGCUAUUGAGGAACUGAGCAACCAGAUUUUGUCUGCACGUAGCUGGAUGGAACAGGAACACGAAAGGCAUGAAAAAGAGCUUGUCCAAAAAAUUGACCAACUCUCAUUGACUUUUAAGGAAAACACUGAAAUGAGUGAAAGAAAUAUAGAGAUGAAAUUCAACCAAAUGGCAGAGAAAAUUGACAAAAUUGAAGAAAUACAGAAGAUAACCAUGGAAGCACAUGAAGCAAAACAGUCAGAAGAAAAGAUAAAUAUUCGCAUUGGCAAACUUCAAAAUGAGAUAAAUGAAGAUAUAAAAGAAAUGAAAGCUGAAGUUAAUGCUGGAUUUGCAGCUAUCUAUGAGAGCAUUGGGUCUCUACGACAAGUUCUAGAAGCAAAAAUGAAGCUGGACAGAGAUGAACUACAGAAGCAGAUCCACCAAAUGAAGCAGGAGGUUCCCACAUGGGGAGAGGCUGGGCCAUGACUGCAAGAUUUUGCCUGAGAGAUUCAUGUUUUCCUGGCUAAACAGGCAGACCAUAAUCUUGUUCCAGCCUGUAACCCAGAUUAAGUGCAUGUACCAAAUGACAUGCUGCUGUUGCGCAGGUCCGCAUGUUUACUCUGAGCAGUAAACGUCAGUUCUUCAUAGAUGAACUGACCACAGGCUUUUACGGGCUGAGGUGCUGAUUUGCCACUGCACUACUCUAGUUGCUCUCAGGAGAUUAAGCACCAUGUAUAACUGGAGUAAUAUAUUGGUAAAGCUGGCACCUAACUUGCUAAAGGCAUCCCAGUGCUCCCCAGUUUUGCAGGCUUGAUCAGGAAGGUAUAUGCUUAUAUAUGGAAAAGCGCCUGCACACACACCUCUUUAAAAACAAACAAACAUAAGGAAAUGAAAAAAAAACCUCAACUAAAACAAACAACAAACAAAACACAACAAGUUUAUAUCAUUUGUUUAGCAUCAGAUUGGCAAGGCUUUCCACCUUGAUACAAAUCACUUAAUUGAAGUCAAGAGACACUUUUACAGUGACUUUCUCUACUAUUGACUUCCUGGGGAGACAGAAUUGGCACUGAACUGACCAGUUUUCAAAAUCAAGAUACCAUCAGAAAAUCUUUGUUUAAUUUUGCAAAUAUCUUCUGUGUACGUGUGUAAACUAAGUAGUGUUAUAUAAUGUAGUUGUAGACUAAGAAGAUUCAUGCAUAACGUAAAGACUUAACUCACGUGGUCUUAAGUAUUGUGACCUUUUAAAAUUAAUAACCAAGUGGAGGUGAGACAAGGUAAAAAGUGUAUAUAGACUAUUUUAUAUGUGUUUCUGUGACUUGUUUCAUUAUAUUAAUAAAAACUUUGAAAGGUUUGAAAACAAAAGAGAAGGUGAUAAUCUAGCUCAGUCUGGAGAAUGUAAUGUAAAAUAAAAUGCAGUUUAUUAUCUGCUUAGAAAUUUUUAUUGAAGUAAAACAACUCAUUCUUCGAAUUUAAGUAGACUUUAACAAUUUAGCAGAUUCAAAUUGCUAAUUGCAUUCACGUUAUUUGCAAAUAACAAUGGUACUUGUUUCCAUUCCCAGAAUGGAUUACAUAACAAAAAUCAGCACCCAAAACGCAUCUUAAUCUAGACAGGGAAUAUAUAUUAUGUUGAUUUUAUAUCUUCAUUCAUAGCUUGAUAAUGCUCCUCAUGUCUGUGAGUCAUGCAGGAUUAAGCACUUCAUGAAAAGAUUUCAUGCAGUAUCCUAUUAAUUCAUACUAUUAACAGUAAUUCAUAUACACAAAUGCUAUUAAUUUACAAAUAAUUACUGUUAAUGUAAAUAAAUUACUAUGAUGUCUCUGCACUGUCCUUACUGGACCUUUCUUUCGGCCAGUAUUGCAAAACCAUAUUCCUCUUUGGGAAAUCAAUGGCAAAUUUCUCAUCACUUUCAUGAAAGAAGGUUUGACCCACGGAGUCACCUUUUAAAAAAAAGAAAUAUAAAUUUUCCAAAAACUUAAACUCAUUAACUUCAGUAGGACAGUGUUAGUGUGUAAGAGUCGAGGAAAUGCAUACAUUCUUACAGGAUUAGUACCUAAGUUUAUGUUCACUUCCUAUAGAGUUGAAAGUAAUUUAAUUUAUCAAAGAUACAUGGAAUUUUUGCAAGUCUGGCUUCCAAUGCUUUCUGAUAACAAAACCGCCUCUGCUAUUCCUAUCUUGUAUCAUCCAUGUGCUGUGAAAUGUAUUUACAAUGGCAGCUAAGGGGAAAGCCCAGUUCACUAAAGGGAGACAAUGAAACGCUUGCAAGUAUUUCUUAAGAAUUGUCUUUAAAAUUCAUUCAUUCUUCAUGUUUGUAUUCUUAUCUAUUCUUAAAUAUUUAGCCACGUGCAGCGGAAAAGCUAUCACUGGUGUUUUAUAAAAAAGAACAAAGAAAGAAGCAAAAACAGACAGAACAAAAACCCAAUAAUUUUUUUCUUCUGUAAUUGGAAAUCUGUACCUGAGAGAAUCUGGUAUGAUAUGAGGAGCAUACAAGGAAUCAGAGAAACAAUUUAUAUAGGACUUUAAUAAAAUGGUUCUCUUGUAAAAAUCUUGUGUGAUUCAUCCAGAUAUAAAACAACAUAUAAAACCCCAUCCAAUUUUACUUUUGCUGUUUUGAAACUAUUUUUUCCCAAAUCUCAGAUAAGGCAAAUAACUAAAAGCCCAACUAAGCCAAUAUUGAAGUACAAGCUACUGUCAAGCAGUGCCUUAUGGGGACUUGUAUGCUGGGACAGACAGACAGGGUGAGUGAAACCUGGCUGUACACACGGACACAGAGAGCUGCAGCACACCUAUUGCCCACGCUCUUCUCCCAGUGCUCCAGAGUCACUUGCGGGAGGGAAUCACGUAUUCCAGACCAAGAGAGUUCCGCAGAACAAGUGAAGAAAAGCCAGAAUAGAAAACAGCAAUAUGAAGAAAGAUUGAAAACUCUGGAGAAGUAACAGAGAAAAAGAGUCAGAAGAGUGGAACAGUGGAAUGGCAGCUGCAUGGGCAAAAGCAAGGAAGAGCAGCUGCCUGCUGAAGCACAGAACAGGCACGCAGAGUUUAGAAGGAACCAAAAGUUACAAAAAAUAAUAUAUUUGACACAAAACACAGCAUCCACAAGGAUGGGAACAUCAAUUGAUUUGUCACAAUUCACGCUCCCUACUUACUUGCCUGCUGCAUUUUACUCCGCUCAGUUGGAAACACAAAUUCUUUGGGUCUGUUUUCUCUCAAGUCACUUUCCUUUUUGGUUGUGGUGGGGUUUUUUGUUGAAGAUUCUUUGUUAAGUUUUCUGCACAAAACAGGUCAACAAUGUCUAGCCUGUCAGGGAGGGCUCAUAUGUGAUAAUUAACAGCCGAGUUCUUCAAGGGAGAAUUACACUCCCUGUAUCUUUCAAUCAUCUUAAAGUUGUAUGGCAAAACCCCCUCUUCGGACACAUGGUAUGAAUUUUGGGGUUGUCAUAUGCAGAGACAGGAGCUGGACUUGAUGAUCCUUGUGGGUCCCUUCCAACUCAGGACAUUCUAUGAUUCUACGACCACUGCUCUGCCACCCAAACACCUAACUUAAGUGGACUCUUGACAGGACAAGAUGUAAUGGGAUUAAAUUUCAAGCACAGAGGACACAAAAUCUAAUUUAUGACAUUCUUUCCUGCACAUCCAUUAAUUUUUUAAGCAAUUUGUGUUUUACAGAAGAUUCAGAUGAAGUUUCACAGGAAUUUUUAAUAUUUCCUAAACUUUUUUCUUCUUCCUACUUCUCUAAAAAAAAACCAACCACAAACCAAACCCAGCCAAACCCAGACCACUUCCUCUCCUGAAGUUCCCAAAUCUUUCUUUUGUCAGCUACUUAGCAUGCAGAAGGCUUAAACCACUUGCCGUGUGCAAACCACAGUAUUCAGUGAGCUGUCUGAAUGACAUAGCAAGUGUCAAAGGAUAAAAUAAUUAAACUAUUUUAAGUUGGGUAUAUGCCUUUGACAUUAGUAUGUGAGAACACAUUAGAACUAUAGUGCACUGCAGUGAAGUUCCUAAUUGUGUUAUUUAGACAUGUAUUCCCGUAAUGGAAACAUCAAAUGAGAGACAUGACGAGUCGAUGAAGCUCUCCUAUGUGCACAGGACGGAUUCCUCCCGUGAUACUCCCCACAGUGUAAGAAAUUCACAGGUGAAUUUGAAAGAAAACAAUGGAAAUUCAGUGCAAAGCCACUAUUGAAUGGGCCACAGGGUGUCACUGUUACUCUUGGCAAGCAAAAGAAGCUGCUCACUCUGUGUGAUCCACAAAUGGUGCAGUACCACUGAGGUGGGUCUGGAAAUAUUUAACAAUAUUAUGCAUUCUGACAACAAACAAACAAAUCAACCACCAAAAAACCCUCACAACAUUCUAAAGACAUCACUGUGUAAAAUCUCAAGAAAGCCAGAUGCUUAGUUAAGCAAAAGUCUCUGAGGGUGAUUGUGAUGGUCCUUCUGACAAUGUGUGAGGAAUGCUGAGUGGGAACCAGAGCUUGCUGCUACCUUUUGUCAGCAGAACUUGGGUCAACACAAAGCAUUUAAAAAAAAAGAAAGCAAGGAAAAAAAGGAAAAAAAAAAGAAAGGUUCUUCUCCCCACAUUGCCUCCCUCUCCAAGACUGACUCUGGCUGAAAGACCACAGGAUAAUCUGAACAGUUACUACCCAAAUGAAGCUCUGGGCCUAGGACAAAAAGCUGCUUUUAAUCCAUGCAAGGAUUAUCUCAGUAAAUAAUAUAGUGGAAUAGCCUCAAACAUUGCAAAAUAUCUGGGAGAGCCAUAACUUUUGCUGGCACAGAUAGUGAAAAAAUUGUUUUGAUCUUAGCAGAGCAUCAGUGAUGUAUACUGAACUAGGACCUCCUUUAAGAAGAAAACUGAAGUAGUAAUUGUCAUAAAACUAAAAGCUGAACUGUAUGAGGGGAUGAGAAGGAACUGCUGGUGAGAGAAGAGAAAGGAGAUUUGCUUCUUGCAGAGCGACAGGAACGAAAAUAACAUGCAUCACGCACUGCUGCACAUCCUCCAAACAGUUACUUUCAUUAAACCUGACUUCAGUUUCUGCUAAGAGUCAUUUUCAAAUGCCAUCAGUAAACAGGCUUCCAUUAUACACAGCUGAGUUAAACCAGCCUAUAAAUGAAGACCGAUUUUACUGGCUUUGCCAUAUCACUCUUGUGCUACCAUCUCCUGAUGGUAUGGGGACUGUGAGGUAGGCAUUCACUUUGCUAGGUGGCCUUUGUCAUCUCACUACCUCCACUGAGAAUAAUUUAAACAGUUCACUAAUAGCAUAUCAGAAUAUACAUCUGCAUAUAUAACACUGAAUUUCCAUGUGUGCCAUGUUCUUUUCUUCUUUACUAGUCUCGAGAACUGUCAUUUCAGUACAUUGCGAGUAUCUUAUCACAGAUAAACUAUGAAAUUCUAGGAAGGUAUAGCACCUCAAAGUAGAGCUUUUAAAAUGCAGAAGUUAAAACAGAUUUUAUGUUACCACCAUGCUUUGAAAAGAUAAAUGCUAACCUGUUUGCUACUAUAAAUAAUAAAGCUUAUUUACUUCGCAAAGAC